AUGUCCAGAAAGAAGACCCCCAAGAGCAAGGGGGCCAGCGCGCCCGCUGCCUCCGUGCUGCCCGCCGCCAACGGGUCCCGGCCGGCGCGCCCUGGGAUUGCGCGCCCUGGCCCCCAGGUGCGGCCCAACGGGCCCCCGCAGCUGGGCAGGCCCUCGCUUGGCAGCGGCGACUUCUACGAUGUCACCUUCAAGGUCAUGCUGGUGGGGGACUCGGGCGUGGGGAAGACCUGCCUGCUCGUGCGCUUCAAGGAUGGGGCCUUCCUGGCAGGGACCUUCAUCUCCACUGUGGGCAUCGACUUCCGGAACAAAGUUCUGGAUGUGGAUGGCAUGAAGGUGAAGCUGCAGAUCUGGGACACGGCUGGCCAGGAGCGGUUCCGCAGCGUCACCCACGCUUACUACCGCGACGCCCAUGCGCUGCUGCUGCUCUAUGAUGUCACCAACAAGGCGUCCUUUGACAAUAUCCAGGCCUGGCUGACCGAGAUCCAGGAGUAUGCCCAGCAUGACGUGGUGCUUAUGCUGCUGGGGAACAAGGUGGACUCUGCCCAGGAGCGUGCGGUCAAGCGGGAGGAUGGGGAGAAGCUGGCCAAGGAGUACGGGCUGCCCUUCAUGGAGACCAGCGCCAAGACAGGCCUCAACGUGGACUUGGCCUUCACAGCCAUUGCAAAGGAGUUGAAGCAGCGCUCCACGAAGGCCCCCAGUGAACCCCGCUUCAGGCUGCACGACUAUGUCAAGAGGGAGGGCCGAGGAGCCUCCUGCUGCACACCCUGAACCUGGGAGGGCCCUGCAAGGCCGGACAGAGGCUUUACAGGGACUCCCGGAUUUAGUCACCCCGAAGUCAAUCCCAGGGUGUCCGAUCCUGGAACUCCCAGAUGGAGCCUUGCCUUUCCCACAACUUCAGGCCCAACAGGCUUCAAGGAGCCAGUGGGUCUGCACCCCCCCUUCACCUGCUGCUGCCUGAGGGCCUUGACAGAAAAGCAAGGGUCUUCAGUACAGGAGGGAGCACCCCACGAUGUACAGCCCACGGGGGGCGCUCUGCUGCCCCCUCCUGGACACGCCCAGCUUGGAAGCUGGGCCGCAGUACCAGCAGCACAUGUACAGUGCCUGACCCCUUAAGAGAAAACCAUGUCUUCACCUGCACACGCUGCCCAGGCAGGGAAAGGCAGGACUCCUGCCCGUGCCUGGGACCUAGGACUUCACUGCAAACCAUACCAUGCAUUUGUGCCCCAAGGAUCAGAGCCACCCGCUCCCAGCUCACACGCUAGGAGACUCUGGUUCCAGCAUCAACAGGGUAUUCCUUUCAUGCUACCUUGGAGGAUGCCAAGGUUGUGGCUUUGUAAGAGACGAACAGCAUGUGGGAAAUCACAGAAAUGUCAGGGAAACUGGAACUGCCAGCCCCACCGAGGCCUGUGCUUAGUGAGGUCAAGCCAGGGGGCUGGUAGUACACUCUACGUACUCAAAUCUUGAAGUCCGUCUUUAGAUUAAGAGCCUUUGUUUUCAGUCCUAGUGAAUAAAGUUGUGUU